AUGUUAGAUCGUAUUAACACGGAAGAUGAAGAAUUUAUGCAGUUAUUGGUGGAUAAACUUGAUCGAAUGGUUGUAACCUGGCAGCAACCGUGGUAUCAACAGUCUAAUAGGCUAUCGCGGCCUUUUACGGAGACUAAUGAUGAAACCUCAGAUGAUUAUCGCAAGUAUCCUAUCACUAAGAAAGAAAGUGAUCGAAUAGCGAAAAGGUGGAAAAAAUUUUGUAAGGAGUUUGAUGUCCCAGAUAAGCUAUUGUCAUUUGCAAGAUGGAAAAACAAAUAUAAAUGCAAAAGCCCUAAUACACCAGAGGAAAGUGUAAGGCGUUUUGUGACUGCAUAUUUAGCUAGAGGUCUUAAAAGAAAUAUGCACCAGGUUUAUAAGCAUAUUAUGACACAUUUUGGUAAUCCAGUCAAAGGACCAUACUCACCAGAAGAGGAAAAGUUAAUGGAUAUAUGUUUCCACUAUAAACCUAAGUAUGCAGUUUUAUAUUUGUCUCUUUUGCUAGGUAGAGAACCUAGAGGAAUAUAUAAACGCCUACAGCAAAAGUUUACAGGUAAGCUGGAGAAGAAGAGACUAAAAUGGACAUUAUCAUUAGCAACAAAAUUUUUUAAUCUGCUAUUGCAAUAUUCAGAGUGUUCUGUAGAAGAAUUGAAAUACAGAAAAUUUGAAAAGUCAGUUUGGCUUAAAUUAGAAAAAGAAUUAGAUCAACAUUAUGCAUAUUUACAACAUUUUUGGUAUGAUGCCCUACAUGUUCAAAUUUUUGUGAAAAAAGACGUAAAAAUAAACAAGAUAAGAAAAAAGGUGUUUAAAAUACUAAAGAAUACUCGUUAUCAAGUAUGGAGAGACAUUCGAUGGAAAGAGCUGCUAGAAUUUUUCCCAGAUGGUUUCACGCACACAUUUUUGUACAAGUUAUGCAUUAAUUUGUUCAGAGGCAACAGAAUUUAUGCAACACGUCCCCUACCAGAAGUUAUAGAUUUUGCUUUAAACAAAAUAAAAACAAUCCGGGGUAAUAAAAGAUAUGUUGUUAACAAG